AUGAGAUUUGCAACAUACAUUUUAAUCCUUUUUACCAUUCUCAAAUGUGUUUAUUCAGAUGAAGUAAAUAUGUUUAGUGGUAAUUUUGGAGGACAAUAUCUUACACCAGCAGCUGCUAAUCCAGUAUCUGGAAAGAUUGAUUUAAAUAUCACUAAAUUGGAUGGAGAGUUUACAUUCAACUAUAAUUUCUCUCUAAAGAAUUUGGCUGGUAGAACCGUUGCCAAUGGAGAUGUGACUAUACAUGGCCCAACAAAGGUUGGACAGUCAUCAGAUAGUUUCAAAAUUCCACUUUCCUUUACCAACACUUCGGCAUCUGCCAAUGUAUUGGAAGCCUAUGGAACCACCAAACUCAAGUUCAACUCCAAGGAAGCCAUGCAAUUAGGUGCAGUCUUGCCAACCGUCACCACCAACACCACCGAUCAACAAUUCUAUGUACUCAUCAACCCAUUCACUGAAAAGAGUGCAAUUGGUCGUGCCCAACUAGUCUUCCAAACCAUUGACAAUGAAAAGGAUAAUGGUGGAGGUGAUAACCCAUCAUCUGAAUCAUCUGGUUCAACUGAUUCCAAUUCUACCACCUCUUCAUCAACUUCAACCUCAUCAACUGAAGAUUCCUCAUUUGCAGUCUCUGAAUCAUCUGAUAAUACACCAGAUCCACAAGUAUCCGAAACACCAGUCGCUGGCAAUGAAACAUCAUCCGAUAGUUCAGAUGCAUCAUCCAUUUCAAUCCCAUUAUUUGGUUUACUUUCAGUUGUAUCUUUAGUAUCAUUGUUAAUUUGA